AGACCGACCAGCUCAGUCAACUCACGUCGGUAGAUGGUGUAUCUGCUUGAAAGCAAGAUGGUGUCUCUACAAAAUUUACUCUCUCUCGAAGAGAGAAUUAGAACUGAAAAUACAGAAGCGGCUCGAUUAAAUCAGGAAAAAAUGUCGAUCGACAACGAAGUUCCGUUCGUCCGGCAAGGUUCCGGAAGAAGACCCGGUCCACUGCCUCUGCAGCCAAAUGGAACCCCUACCAGAGUCAGACGGAACUUUGACUUAGCUGGCAUAAACAUCACCAACUGCUCGACAAACUCAAAGCAGGCAGAAAUCGAAGCCAGACUACAGGAGAUCAUCAAACUCACUGGCAUCAUCACAGUCGAUGGCAAACGAUACUUCAGCAGCAUACAUGACCUAGAGCAUCUGGGAGAGCUGGGUUUCGGUUCUUGUGGUCAUGUCGUUAAAAUGAGACACCCACCCAGCAACGCCAUAAUAGCAGUCAAGCAAAUGAGGAGGUCGGGCAAUCGCGAAGAGAAUAAGAGGAUCACCAUGGACUUGGAAGUUGUACUGAAGUCUCACGACUGCCCCUACAUCGUACAGUGCCUGGGUUGUUUUGUGACCGAAUCUGACGUUUGGAUUUGUAUGGAGCUUAUGGCCACGUGUUUUGACAAAUUACUCAAACGACUCAGGCAACCCAUCAUCGAACCCAUCAUCGGGAAAAUUGCUGUCGCCACCGUCAAAGCGUUGCACUAUCUCAAAGAGACCCAUGGUGUUAUCCAUCGUGACGUGAAACCUUCCAAUAUUUUACUUGACGAAAGGGGAAAUGUUAAGCUGUGCGAUUUCGGUAUUUCCGGCUGGUUGGAGGACUCGAAGGCGAAAACGCGCAGCGCUGGAUGCGCCGCCUACAUGGCUCCUGAACGAAUUGAACCACCUGAUCCAUCGCAUCCCGACUAUGACAUUCGAGCCGACGUAUGGUCGCUGGGCAUCACUCUGGUUGAAAUGGCAACGGGAAACUCACCGUACCGUGAUUGCCAGACGGAUUUUGAAGUGUUGGCCCGUGUCGUCCGUGACGACCCACCUCUCCUCUCCCAGUCGCAAGGAUUCAGUCCCGAGCUCUGCUCCUUCGUCCGUGAUUGUUUGACGAAGAAUUACAAGCACCGGCCAAAGUACAAGAAACUGCUGGAACAUCCGUUCAUCAAGAAAUACGAAGCGUUGCCGAUCGACGUGUCCGUGUGGUACCAGUCGGUGAUCCGUCAAAUCGAGAGCAACCAGCUGGUCCGCCAGUCGCCGCAGCGUACAUCGCAGAGGAUGUACACUCCGCCGUCGCCGAGUUUACGAAGAGUUACUUCGGAACCGCCACCGAUUCCACCGCGGACGCCCGAGAGCCAGCGGAAGCCAUUGCUGGUGCGGUUGGCAUCGGAGCCGGUCGUCGACGGACUCGAUUUCCAGACCAUCAACGGUCGGGUCACGGUGGUGGGCACCAAACCGACACUGCAACAACAACCGUUUCAGUUCGAUCCCAAACCACCGCCCGGUAAACCCAGUCCGCCGGUGGCUGGCCCAAUAGGGCCAGGAGGCUUCCGAUUCAACCUACCUCUACGGCCGCCAGCGCUUCCACCUCGACCUCCGCCUACGGGAGGGACCCAGCAGCCACAACCGCAGAGCACUCAACAAGCAUCACCUUCGGAAGAGACUCUGCCGUCGUUGACAAGAGGCUUGAACCCGUCACGCGUCACCAGUCCGCCAACUGAUUUACCCGGUCUACCUCCUCGUCCUCCACCUGCCGGUGCCGAAUCGGCUGCCGAUCGAAAUAGUUCGUCUGUAGCUCGACUGGCCCAGAUGUUUGGUACCCAAUUGUCACCUGCCAGAUCGCCGACUACCAGUGGGAGAGAUCCCAACGAGAUCUUCAAUUUGCCAUCCAACCGGCGGCCGGCCGAUUCUCCGCCUGUCGUCCCUCCGCGUUUGUCACCCGAGUCUGCCAAUCCACCGCCGCGUUCUCUCUUCUCCGAUGGGCUUUUGGCCAGGAUCAGCCAGGAUCCUUUCUUCUCUCGCUUGCUGAGGCCCAGCACCAGUUCGGAACAGUCUCACAACGGAGGCGGACGGAACAACGGACACCACCAGUCGAGCGGCGACCAGCGAUCGGCACCUACGUCUUCGUUAUUCGGCCGUCGUAUCUCUGCCGAAGGCUUAUCACUAAGAAGCAGGUAUUCGCCUUCGCCUCCGCAGCAUCCGCCACCGCAGCCACCCGCUCGCCGGUUGUCUCAAUCCUCCGGCAGUGGUGGCAGUGGUCUUGGUUACGGCAGCGGUGGAGGAGGUGCUGGAUCAGCAUCUGUCCCCGCUUCACCCGUCCUUCAUCCAAGGCAUAUGGGCGAGAAUGCCAAUCCAUUCUCGUCCGGCUACGUUCUGCCACGCCAUUUAACGCCCGAGCCACAGCGCCGCAGCUUUAGCCAGCGCUUCGAGCUCUAAGCAAAAUAACCGAAACAAGAAAAAAACAAAAACAAAAAAACAAAUUCGUUCACUCCUCCCUAUCCCUCCCCCCGUUUCCCCGCAAACAAAAAUUAUGAGUUUUAUAUUUAAAAAUCCAAAAGUUAAACAAAAAAAUGGGAAAAAAAUUACAGAUUUUUUUUUUUAGAUUUUUAUCCCAACAAGCCAUGUAGGUCAUAUUACAGCAAGGAAGUAGAAAAGAAAAGAAAAAGCAUUUUAGAAUUUUUUUUUUUGUCUUUUUAAAAGCAGAUUAGCCGGUCUGCGUGAAACGUUGCCAAGAACGCUGUCGAUAUUUUGUGCGCCAUGGUAUUUUUCAUUUCUAGUGUUGUGAACAGCGCGCAGCUCUUCGUUUCUGUAAUUUUUCUUUUUUCUCUCCUCUUCUUUUUUUUUUAAACAUAAUCAUAAUUAAUUAAUUAAGAUAUACAGGAACAAAACCAUUAUUAGAAAACAGUCGCCAUUUUUUAAAAGAAACUUUUGUUUAAAUCCUUCCCUCAUUUCCAUCAGUUAUUAUAAUUAAUAAUUAUUAUUGCGAUUACGAGAUAUAUUAAUUAUUAUAGAGAGAAAUUCAACACAUUUUUUGCCUAUUUAAACAGAAAUUUGAUUUGCGUCCCCGACAUGUUUUUUCUCUCUCUUUCCCUCCUUUUUCAUUUUACCAAAGUUUCCUCUUUCGUGCGGCACUUGAUGACGUGCUUAUAAUCAAUAGGUUAGAAAAAUUACAAAAAAAAAAUCAAUCGACGAUAUAUUUGACUAUUAGGAUGGUCGCCUCCCCUACCCCUCCACACCCCAAAAAAGAAAAAGUUGUGAGAAAAAAAAACUAAAAUAAAUGUCGACGUCACUUUU